AUGGCUUCACCGCAGCGCGUACGAAAAACUUUGGCACUGCUCGGCUUGUACUGCCUUGUGUGCGCAGCGAUUGAUUGCAAGUCCGUAUAUAUCCAAAGCCAAGGGGACGCUGAUGCCCUGCAAUCUUGUGAGACCAUUGCAGGCUCCGUUACGAUAUCCAAGUCUUACCGCGGCGAUCUCACUCUGCCUGGCGUCAAGUCGAUCCAGGGGAGUUUGACCACUGAGCCAUGCCAGUCCGACUCUUCAACUGAUACCUCCGAUUGGCAAACGGACCCGCCCGACUUCCGCAAUCUCGUAUUGAACAAUUGCAGUGGCCUCGCUCACUUCGUCGCCCCGGAUCUCAAUCAGGUGUCGCAGGAUGUGGUUCUGAUCGCACAGCUGAACUUGACAUCGGUCACGCUGCCCAAGCUGAAAUGGGUUGGCACGACGUUCAGCCUUGACGGGAUGCCAGAGCUGGCGAGUGUCAGUGUACCAUCUCUCUUGGGAUUCGGGAGGUUCAAUCUGUUCUAUACGCCGAAGCUGCAGAAUCUUGAAGUACCACAACACCAGGCCCAGAGUUUGGGCUCCAUCUCGAUUGGAUACACAGGUCUUGACGACUUGGGCUCGCUCUUCCUGUGGUCUACUAGGUACGACUCCGUGGCUCUGAGUGGACUCAGUAAUGCAUCCCAACUGUACAUCAACACGACAGGGACUUUUCGCAGUCUAGACAUCACUGGAAAUGGUCUCCUCGCAGUUCACGCUACUCAAAGCGGCGUCACGGUGGGCUCACUCUCCGUUGCUGGGGCACGCAGCCUCACAACUCAACCGUGGAACGUGGCAUCUUUCAGUGCUGUUGGCAACACCUUCAGCAGACUGGAUAUUACCGCGAUCCAGGGUAUUGAAAACUUAGAUGUUAGAGACAACGCCUACAUGGAACUGCUUGGCCUGCCCCAAGGACAAAAUUGGACGAACGUCGCCAUCACCGGUAACCCGGUUCUCGAUCCUGGGAGCGCAGUGGGCCACUUUGACAUCACGACUUUCCUCGGAGCCACGGGCAGUGCUUCUGCGGCGCAGUUCCCUUCUGCGUCGAGCUUUGAGUUUGAGGGUCCGUUCCGGACAGAGUUCUUGUAA